AUGGGGUUUGGAGGCAGCCUGGGUGUUGCUCUGUUCUGCUGGAUGCUGACUGAGACAAUGUCUUAUAUCCCUUGGGGUUUCCCUCAAAGGGACUCAGGGGUCUUGAGGGUCCGCGGAGACUCCUCUUGGAGCCGGCCCCGUGUGCCUUCCUUCUCCCAAUCCUCUCCGUGGGCUUGGGUGGAUGUUUCCCAACUCCAGGCUGCUGCCCCGUUGCACCCUGUGACUGUGCAGUGCCAGGAGGCGCUGGUGGUGGUCACGGUCCACAGGGACCUCUUUGGCACAGGACGCCUGGUCAGGGCUGAGGACUUGACCCUUGGCUUGUCUGCUUGCUUGCCUGUGUCCCAGAACGCUGCUGAGAGCACGGUGACCUUUGUGGCUGGGCUGCAUGAGUGUGGCAGCACUUUGCAGAUAACCCCAGACUCCUUGAUCUACAAAACAAGUUUGUUCUACAAACCUACUCCUUCUGCCAACCUGGUCAUUGUAAGGACAAACACGGCUGUGGUUCCUAUUGAGUGUCACUAUCCUAGGAAAAGCAACGUGAGCAGCAAGGCUGUCCGGCCCACAUGGGUUCCUUUCCACUCGACCCUGUCAGCGGAGGAGAAGAUGAUGUUUUCUUUGCGUCUCAUGAAUGAUGACUGGAGCACUGAGAGGCUCUCUAACGGCUUCCAGCUGGGGGAAAGCCUGCACCUCCAGGCUGAUGUUGCUUCUGGGGGUCAUGUACCUCUGAGGCUCUUUGUGGAUGACUGUGUUGCUACUCUGACUCCAGACAGGAACUCCUCUCCCCGAUAUGCCUUGAUUGACCUCAAUGGGUGCUUGGUGGAUGGGAGAUCAGAUGAUACCACUUCAGCCUUCAUCUCUCCAAGGCCAAAGCAGGAAACGCUGCAGUUCAUGGUUGGCGCAUUCAAGUUUGUGGCAGAUGACAGGAACUUGAUCUACAUCACUUGCCACUUGAAGGUCUCCCCAGCUGACCAAGCCCCAAAUCCAUUGAACAAGGCCUGUUCCUUCAACAGAGCCAGCAGCCUUUGGGUUCCUCUGGAGGGUACUGGAGACAUCUGCAGCUGCUGUGAGACUGGCAACUGUCUGUCCUAUGGAGGAUACUCCCGGAGAAUUAACCCUCUGGCCAGAUGGUCUGGGAGGCGGUUGAAGAGAGACAUUCCUUCCAAACAAGAUGGUCCCUCAAGGGCGGCAGAGGCUGAUGUCUCGGUUGGACCACUAUUAAUCCUUGAUCCAGCUCAGGGAUUGCAGAGUUCCUCGGGAGGUCUUGCACCAGCAGGGAAGACCUCACAUGGUGCUGCUGAAAGACUUCCCACACUGGUCCAAGUGUCUAUGCUCACAGCAGCCACUCUGCUGAGCUUAACUGCUCUUGGAGUGUUUCUUGUGUGCCGAAAACAUAGCUGCCCUCCUGGAGCAUCCUUGUAA